GAUGUUAUAUAAAAAAUUUAGGUACGAAUUAAAUAAUAAGAUAAUUAAUUAAGACAACGUAAAAGUAAUAUCACUUUAUUUAUUACAACAAAAUUACCACUAAUUUAUUGUGUUAACAAGUCCUCAAAUUUGCCAAAACAAAAACAUAACCUAAAAAUGUCGAACCUACCGAGGAUUUUAAACAGAACUUUAAAGACCAAUCCGUUGAAGCAUUUAAAAGUAAGGACAGUAGCAACACAACAAAAACACGAAGAAAAUGUCGAAAAACAAACCCACUUCGGCUUUGAAACAGUCAAGGAGAGCGAAAAGGCUGAAAAAGUUCACAAAGUGUUCGAAAAUGUUGCCGAAAAGUACGACAUAAUGAACGACGCUAUGAGUCUGGGUAUCCACAGAGUUUGGAAGGAUAUAUUUGUGCAGCGGCUCAGUCCAACUGAAGACACCAAACUGUUGGACGUGGCUGGAGGAACUGGCGACAUUGCCUUUAGGUUUAUAAACUAUGCGAAAAACGCUGGCUUAAAGAAAUAUCAUGUAACGGUGUCAGACAUAAAUGAAAACAUGUUGGAGGUGGGUAAAAUCAGGUCUGAAGUUUUAAAACACGAUCCUGAAACGAUUUCGUGGCGCGAGGCUGAUGCUGAGAAACUACCUUUUAAAGACAAUACUUUUAAUGCAUAUACCAUAGCAUUUGGCAUCAGGAAUGUGACUCACAUAGACAAAGUUCUUGAGGAGGCUUACAGAGUUUUACAACCUGGAGGGAGAUUUAUGUGUCUUGAAUUCAGCCAUUUAAUCCAUCCCAGUUUUCAAUGGGUUUAUGACCAGUAUAGUUUUCAAGUGAUACCUGCCCUAGGAAAAUUAAUAGCAGGACAGUGGCAACCUUAUCAAUAUUUAGUUGAGAGUAUCAGGCAGUUCCCCAAUCAGGAGAAGUUCAAAUUGAUGAUUGAAGAAGCUGGUUUUAGACAAGUUACUUAUGAAAACUUGACUUUGGGUGUUGUUGCCAUUCACUCAGGUUUCAAAUUGUAAAAUUCAUUAAUUUAUUUGUAUAAUAAACACUUGUAAUAACUUA